UUUUAUUGAAAUUAAAAGAACGAGAAUGUGUUAAUUAUUCUUAUUUCCAAAUUAAUGAAAAUUUUAAUUGUGUUAUGAAGUUGUUUGAGCAAGAAUUGGAUCAAUUUGGAAUUAAUUUAAGGAAACUUCAUGACAAUGUGAUCAGCAGUAUUAAAAAUGAUGAUGUCUGUUUAACAAAAUUGGCAUCAACAAAAAUAAUAAAAUUAACUAAAUUAUGGCGCACAGAAAUUUUGACUAUGAUCGAUUUGUGGUUUGGAUCGGAAAAAAUAUUUUGUGAUGAAGACGAUUUAUUUUCUAGACAAAUUCAUCAACUAAGUUUAGUUUCUCAAAGUAUUACAGAAUUAAGAUUGCGUGAAAUGCAUGUAAGAUGCGAGAUUAUGAAAAUAAAUAUGGCAUUAAAUGACCUAAAUAUUAUCAAAAAUGAUUUCCAAAAGAGCAAGAUGUUUAUAUACUCAAAUGAAAUAGCUUUGAAAACUUAUAUUUCCAAGUUCAUAAGACAACGAGAAGUAACAAUUGAUGCUGAUCUACAUAUGACUACCGCUGAAAUUAACGAUAUGCAGAAACGUACCAACAGUUUAGUGAUCACAGAUGCAAAAAGAAAGAUAUUAGACUUGGAAACAAUAGAGAAUCGCAUCACAUUUGUACAGGAUUCAAUGGAGCAUUAUAUCAUGAUGUGUGAUGUGUUAUGGUGUUUAUUGAGAACCGAUCGUUCUAUGGUAAACUUAAAAUGUGAACUUAUAUUACAUUCUAUACGUGUUCUCCAAAUUAUAUUUGAUGAUAUCAAGCUUUCUGAAAAAUGGACUAUAAAUUAUAAUAAAGAUGAAAAUCCACUGGAGUCAACAGUUAAAAAAUCCACCAAGGUAGUGAAAUUUGAAGGAUAUAAAUCCUACUCCGAAGCUUAUGAGAACUGCAGUGAAAUGGAUAAACUGACUCGUAUAACAUUAAACUGGAAGAGUCAAUAUCAUUAUUCUUACAAAAAACAAGAUGAAGAGUUAAUUGCUUUAAGUUCAUUGUUCUCGAGAUAUAUGGAUGUUGUUGAUUAUUUACAAGAAAAUUAUUCUGAAUAUAAUUAAUAAUAUAAUAUAAUAUAAUUAAAUUAAUUAUUCUGA